GACUUUUCUUAAGGAGGAGUUAAGUUUUAUGGGGACAGUUCAUAAGUGAGAGUGCCGGCUUUGUUAAAUAUUAGUCUUGCAGGAGGCAGAGUUCAACACGGAUGAAGAUAACUCCUCGGGGGACUAACCAAGGUCCACGAGGAGAGAGAGAGUUCUGUGCAAAUAUCUGUUACAACCAAACCAGCCUUUGCCUCUUUGCUGCUUUAUGUAAUUGAACAGAACGCAAUCCAGUGGAAAGCUCAUUCACAAGAACAGCUGUUGAAUAUUUCAAGAAGAAGAUACAAAGCAGAGAAAUCACACUUUUGGCAGAAAUGGCAUCUGAAAAAGAAAUGAGCGUACAUGUCAAUGGAAAAAUUGAAGAGAUGGAGACAGAAGACAAUGUAUCUGGCUCUGAAAGCAAAAGUAAAAAAAAGAAAAAGAAAGAAAAGCCUAAAAUGGUCAGUCCUCUUACAGUGUUUCGUUACGCUGACUGGGCCGACAGAGCAUUAAUGUUAAUGGGCACCCUCUUGGCAGCCGUGCAUGGAUCUGCCCUUCCACUGAUGAUGAUUGUUUUUGGAGAUAUGACAGACAGCUUUGUGACUUCAGGAAGUCUUCCCACAGUAAAUUUAACAGAUGAAAUGGAAUCCCUACUAAAGAAGGAGAUGGGUGAUAUGUUACAGAAAAAUAUGACAAGAUAUGCAUACUAUUAUUCAGGAAUUGGUGCUGGAGUUCUUGUUGCUGCCUACAUAGAGAUUGCAUGCUGGACGCUUGCAGCCGGACGCCAGGUCCGGCGUAUUAGGCUGCGUUUUUUCCAUGCUGUCCUCCGGCAAGAAAUUGGAUGGUUUGAUGUCAACGAUGUUGGGGAGCUAAAUACUCGACUUAUAGAUGAUGUCUCCAAGAUCAAUGAAGGAAUUGGUGAUAAGAUUGCAAUGUUAAUCCAAGGAAUAUCUUCAUUUAUAGCAGCAGUUGUAAUUGGAUUUGUUAAAGGAUGGGAACUGACUCUUGUGAUACUUGCCAUCAGUCCCGUUUUGGGACUGUCAGCUGCAAUCUGGGCAAAGGUCAUUACUGCUUUCACCAACAAAGAGCUUGCUGCGUAUGCAAAGGCUGGAUCCGUCGCUGAGGAGGUUCUAUCGGGAAUUAGAACAGUGAUGGCUUUUGGAGGACAGAAAAAAGAAAUUGACCGGUAUUCUAAAAAUUUAGAAGAUGCUAAAAACAUGGGAAUAAAAAAGGCUAUUAUGGCUAACAUGUCCAUAGGAAUUGCUUUCUUACUGAUAUAUGCAGCAUAUGCAUUGGGUUUCUGGUAUGGAACUACUUUGAUCCUUGCGGGCAAGUACAGUAUUGGGAAAGUCCUCACGAUCUUCUUUGCUGUCCUGAUUGGAGCAUUCAGCCUUGGGCAGGCAGCUCCAAACCUAGAAGCCUUUGCUAUUGCCAGAGGAGCCGCUUAUGCAAUUUUCAACAUCAUAGACAGUGAACCUAAGAUUGACAGUUUCUCAGAAUCUGGUUACAAACCUGACCAAAUUAAAGGAGAUAUGGCUUUCCACAAUGUGCAUUUCAAUUAUCCAGCAAGAGAAGAUGUCCAGGUGUUAAAAGGGCUGAAUCUGAAGAUUAACAGUGGCCAGACAGUCGCUCUGGUAGGCAGCAGUGGCUGCGGGAAAAGCACAACAGUCCAAUUGAUACAGAGAUUUUAUGAUCCUCUGGAAGGCAUGGUCACCAUUGAUGGACAGGAUAUUAAGACCAUAAAUAUAAGGUAUCUGAGGGAAAUUAUAGGCGUGGUGAACCAGGAACCUGUGUUGUUUGCCACCACCAUUGCAGAAAAUAUUCGCUAUGGCCGUGAAGACGUCACCAUGGAAGAGAUGGAGAAAGCCGUGAAAGAAGCCAAUGCCUAUGACUUCAUCAUGAAGUUGCCUGAUAAGUUUGACACUAUGGUUGGAGACAGAGGGGCACAGCUAAGUGGAGGGCAAAAGCAAAGGAUAGCCAUUGCUCGGGCUCUGGUUCGGAAUCCCAAGAUUCUCUUGCUGGACGAGGCAACGUCAGCUUUGGACACAGAAAGUGAAGCUGUGGUUCAAGCAGCGUUGGACAAGGCAAGGGAAGGCCGCACCACAAUAGUGAUCGCCCAUCGCUUGUCUACAGUCCGAAACGCAGACCUGAUUGCUGCUUUUGAAGAUGGCACCAUCAUAGAGCAAGGGUCUCAUAAUGAACUUAUGAAAAGGAAAGGAGUUUACUACAAACUGGUUAAUAUGCAGUCCAUUGAAACCGAAGUUCAUACGGACGAAUCUGACGAAGAGAAUCCCGGUUUCCAAAAACAAGAACCAUUGAAACGUGUUCUAUCAAAUGGAGUGAGAAGGCGUUCAACUCGCAGGAGUGUAAAAAACCCAGAAACAUCAGAUGAAGACCCGGAGGUCGAAACUGUUCAGCCUGAUGAAAAUUUGCCCCCUGUUUCAUUUUUGAGAAUCAUGAGGCUCAAUAAAUCUGAGUGGCCUUACUUUUUAGUGGGAACACUCUCUGCACUCAUCAAUGGAGCCAUGCAGCCUGCAUUUUCAGUCAUUUUCUCAGAAAUCAUAGGGAUUUUUGCAAAAAAAGAAAAUUUAAGACAAAAGAGUGAUAUGUAUUCAUUGCUCUUUUUAGGAAUCGGAAUUGUUUCCUUUGUAACAUUUUUUCUUCAGGGCUACACUUUUGGCAAAGCUGGAGAGGUCCUGACAAUGAAGCUUCGCUACAUGGGAUUCAAAGCAAUGCUUAGACAGGAUAUUGGUUAUUUUGAUGAUCCUAAAAACAGUACUGGAGCAUUGACGACACGUCUUGCUCAUGAUGCUUCUGAAGUGAAAGGGGCGACUGGGGCCAGGCUCGCUACGUUUGCCCAAAACCUGGCUAACCUUGGAACAGGAGUUAUUAUCUCAUUUGUGUAUGGCUGGCAGAUGACCCUCUUAAUUUUGGCUGUUGUGCCCAUCAUUGCCAUAGGAGGGCUCAUUGAAAUGAGAAUGUUGUCUGGACAUGCCAAGAAAGAUAAGAAAGAGCUUGAAAGUGCAGGGAAGAUCGCAACAGAAGCCAUAGGAAAUAUCAGAACUGUUGUUUCUCUCACUCGGGAAAGAAAAUUUGAAUCCAUGUAUGGAGAAAAUUUGCUAGUACCCUACAGAAAUUCAGUGAAGAAAGCACACAUUCAUGGAUUGACCUUCAGUGUUUCCCAGGCAAUGAUGUAUUUUACCUAUGCGGGUUGUUUUCGAUUUGGGGCUUGGCUUGUGGCAGGUGAAUACAUGGAGUUUAAGUCUGUUUUCUUGGUAUUUUCCUGUAUUGUCUUUGGUGCCAUGGCAUUAGGACAGACAUCUUCAUUUACACCAGACUAUGCCAAAGCCAAGAUAUCUGCUGCUCAUCUGUUUGCACUGUUUGAAAGAGAACCCUUAAUAGAUAAUUACAGUGAGAAGGGAGAGAAACCAGAAAAAUUUGAUGGCAACACAGCCUUGAAGGAUGUGGUCUUCAACUAUCCCAACCGACCCGAUGUCACGGUACUCAAUGGGUUGAAGGUUGCUGUGGAGAAAGGGCAGACGUUGGCUCUUGUGGGAAGCAGUGGCUGCGGGAAGAGCACAGUGGUCCAGCUGCUUGAAAGAUUUUAUGACCCCCUCAAUGGAGAAGUGCUCCUGGAUGGUCACAACGCAAAGCAAUUACAUGUCCAGUGGUUGAGAUCCCGGAUUGGGAUUGUUUCUCAAGAACCAGUCUUGUUUGACUGCAGUAUUGCUGAGAAUAUUGCUUAUGGGGACAAUAGCAGAGAGGUGCCGUUUGAAGAAAUCGUCGAAGUAGCUAAAGCAGCCAACAUUCACUCCUUCAUUGAAACUUUACCAGACAAAUACAACACUGCUGUUGGUGACAAAGGGACUCAACUUUCGGGAGGCCAGAAACAACGCAUUGCUAUUGCCCGUGCUCUUAUCCGUCAGCCUACAAUUCUUCUUCUGGAUGAAGCUACCUCUGCACUUGAUACAGAAAGUGAAAAGGUUGUCCAGGAGGCUCUGGAUAAAGCCAGACAAGGGCGUACCUGCAUCGUAAUAGCUCACCGCUUAUCUACAGUGCAGAAUGCAGACUGUAUAGCUGUGAUCCAAAAUGGUAAAGUCAUAGAACAUGGAAGACACCAGCAGCUACUGGCUAUGAAAGGAGUCUAUUACUCUCUAGUCAAUGUUCAGGCAGGAACAGCUACUGAAUAAAUUAAAAAGUGAGCACUGCUGAUGUGGAUUUCGUUUUAAAGAAGGCCACAGCAACAGAUACUCCUUAUACCAUCUCCAUCUUAUGCAAAAUAACCUUGCGGUAGUGACGGACUGAGCUCCAUAAGGGUUAUUAACAUGACAUUUCCCUGCCUGGACACUUUUUCCUCAGCUGAGGUCAGUACAAUGUACAUUUUGGAAAGUGUGAUUAGAUGUGUGUCAUUCCAAGCACUCGAUGUCCAAAACAGCAACAAAACAUACAGAAGUGUUGAAGAAAGAAAACCACUUUAUGUUCUACAUGGCUCAGAGACCAAUGAUCACAAACAGUUUCAAAGUUUGAUCAAAUACACCUAGAUCCUGGAACCCAGUUGUGCUGGGAAAAGGUUUCAAAGCAUUUUUCAAGUAUCUUGGCAUGAUGAACCUCGACAUUGGACGAGGGACAACACUGCAGAUGUUGUUGGACUCACACCGUGCCUCAAUAUUAUCUCUGCUCUUUAGGGAUGAUGAUAGUUACUCUUUCAGUGUUGGAAGAGCUACAACUGCCAACCCCUGCUUUAAAGGAAAUCUGCUUGAGAUGAAGGCCUCCACAAGAUUUAGUUAUCUGUCCUUCGGUAGUACAUAACACUAGUAUAGGAUACUGUAAUUAACUAUUUUAUAAUCACAACUUAUAACUCUUUCAUAUUACUUUGAAAUGUCAUGAGCCACUUCAUGACUCAGUGAGAUAUAAACAUAGAAGAAUCAAA